UUUUUCCUUUUCCGAGGAAGUUAUUUUUUUAUUGGAAAAAGAUUGUGUUUGAUUGUGAUGAAUGUGUAUGGAUUGGUGCUCUCGAUUCUGUUGUGUCUCGGAGGCACAGCAGCGAACGAAGCUUUCUCUUACGACGAUGUACCCGGCGUAGCCAUGGAAUACCGCGUUUUCGUGGACGGUGGGAAGGAAGACUGCUACUACCAGUAUGUACACCCGGGUUCUAGUCUCUACGUGAGCUUCUGGGUGAUACGCGGUGGAGACGGAAUGGCGGGAUUUGCCGUGAAGGACCCGAAAGGCGUCGUGGUAUUGCCCUACGAAUGGAAAAAGGAAAGCGAAUACGAAGAGCAGUCUUCCGAUGGGGGCUACUACGAAAUCUGCGUUGAUAAUCAGUUCUCCAGAUUCGCUUCCAAACUGGUGAAUUUGUAUGUUACCACUUUCCGGUAUGACCAGUGGGAGAAGUACACUGCGGAUGUUGAAGCGAUAGACGCCAACGUCGCGAAUUUCACGAACACUUUGCAAAGUGUGAACGUGCGAAUCCAGACGAUGCUGAAAUACCAACAGCUGAGUAGAAGCACGGAGUCAAGAGACAUGAGCCUUCUACUCGCCAACAAAGCAUAUGUACAAUUCUGGUCAGUCGCCCAGUGUUUCGUGAUUAUGGCAGCCGGCGGUUUCCAGGUUUACUUUGUGCGCAAACUUUUCGACACGAAUCCAAACCGAGGUAGAAUUUAAAUAAUGGACGAAAUUCCGCCGAAGAGCUUCCUCGCUUUUCCAUAAACUUCUGAGGGUUGUAAUCGUGAACCAAGAAUCUUUUGUGACUCGUGAACCUCAUGCAUUCCGAUUGUUUAUUUUGUUGACUAUUUUUGUUGGAAUCUACGUAUUAUUAUUGUUGACACGCCGGACUUAACUGUGGUGGAAUGAAAGCAGCGAUUGAGGUUUUCGAUGGGAUU